CUUGUCUGCUAGCGGAAGCAUCAUCCUACUUUCCUUUUCUUCAAACCAAUCUAAGCGCGGGGUGUGCUCAAUAAACGCGGAGUAUUUUAAGGCGGUGCUGGGAGCUUUCUGCUGCCAUGGCUGCUCUGUUUUCCUGUGAGGAUCCAGCCACAUGGAGGAGAGCGUAUGACAGCUACUGGGAUGUAGUGGAGGUUAAGGCCCGAGGAAAGAAGCCUGGGAAGCUGCUGAGCCUUGACAAGUGGUACCAGCAGGAGCUGCCUGCGCUGAUUUCAAGCCGACCCGACAGACACGUCACUCAGUCGGAGCUGGUGAAACUGAUGGAGUGGAAGCUCACUAGAGGGAAGUUCAGGCCGAGGUUGCAGCAGCUGGUGGCGUCCAACAGCGAGGACACAGUGGAGAAAUGUUCCAGAAAGGCCUUCAGCCUCCUGCCUGACGUGCAGGCGGCGAUCGCAGAGCUCAGCUCCCUGAAAGGCAUCGGCCCGGCGACUGCUUCAGCUGUGUUAGCAGCUGGGGCUCCAGAACAGACUGCAUUCAUGUCUGAUGAAGCCGUGGAGUGUGUCCCAGGACUGAAGCCCAUCCAGUACACAGCCAAACACUACGCGCUGUACCUGGACAAGAUGGUCGAACAGAGUAAAAAACUAAACAAAGUGGACGCACAGCAGGACUGGACGCCCCACAGACUGGAGCUGUGUCUGUGGGCGGCGACCACAGCAACACCGCAGCAGCUUCUGAAGGAUAUCGACAUGAAGGAAAAGAGCUCAGACUCUGACCAGAGACCUACAAAGAAGCUCAAAACUGCAUAAAAUGAAAGCUGCUUUAAUGUUUUUUUUAUGUGUUUUUUUUUGUAAAAUAAUAAAGGCUUUAUAUGAAAAAGAAUCCAAUGAG